GCCCGCUAGCCUAUCCUUUUCACGUGCCUUUCAAGUCCAGCCUUCUGAUUGGUUCGAAAGACAAUCGUUUCCCUCCCACUGCGCCCGCCCCUUCCCCUGAGGCUCCCUCAAGCUCCAACUAGCCCGAUUUGUGAGUCAAUAAGGCAACGUGCUGGGAGAGUGCAGUCAGCAAGUUGGGAGGUGCAAACUCUCUUCCCACCUCCUGUACAACGAUCAAGACAGACACGACGACGACAAUCCUGCUGGUGGCCGGACAGAAAAAUGGAGAUACUUUUAAUGUCCUUGGCCAUAAUCCUGGGGUGCACUGUCUUUUAUUUAUUUCAUCAGCAAAGGAAUCUGCACAGACCCCCUUGCAUAAGUGGCUGGAUUCCUUGGAUUGGAGCUGGGUUCAGGUUUGGAAAAGCUCCUCUGGAAUUUAUAGAGCAAGCAAGAAUCAAGCAUGGACCAGUAUUUACAGUUUUUGCUCUGGGUAAGCGGCUUACAUUUGUAACUGAGGAAGAGGGUUUUGAUGUAUUUUUCAAGUCAAAAGAAAUAAAUUUUGAACAUGCAGUGGAAGACCAUAUCUAUCGAACAGUAUCAGUUCCAAAGAGCAUCUUUUUAACAUCCCAUGGUCUAUUAUAUGGCGUGAUGAAAAACAAAAUGAAGAUUUCCAAUCUAUGUCAGUUUAGUGAAAAGCUGGUAGAAGGAUUACAUGAACAACUGGAAAGUUUGGGCACUGAUGGAAGCAAAGAUCUCUACAACUUAGUAAGGCAUGCCCUGUAUCCUGUCACGGUGAAUACUAUUUUUGGCAAAGGCUUAUAUCCAACAACCCAGGAGAAUAUUCAAGAAUUCCUCAAACAUUUUCAGAUUUAUGAUGAUGGUUUUCAAAAUGGCGGUCAGAUACCAGAAUGUUUUUUAAGAAACUGGUCAAAAUCCAAAAUGUGGCUUCUAAAUCUAUUAGAAAAAAGCAUUCCUGAUCUGGAGAAGAAUGAAACUUUAGAUGAUCUGACAGUGAUGCAGCUGAUUGCCAACACCUUAAGGCCCAGAGCAAAGCAAGAUAAGGUUCCCAAUUAUGCUGUAUUAAUGCUUUGGGCUUCUCUGUCUAAUGCUACUCCUGUGGCAUAUUGGACAAUUGUUUAUGUUCUUUAUAAUCCUUCUGUUUACGAGAAUAUUAUGGAAGGCAUAUCUUCUGUGUUUGGUGAAGCAGGUAAAAAGAAAAUUGAAAUUUCUGAAAAUGACCUGAAAAAAGUCCCACUAAUUAAACGGUGUGUUUUAGAAACUAUUCGCUUGGUUGCCCCUGGUAUGAUCACAAGAAAAGUGAUUGAGCCCGUGAAGAUUUUGAAUUAUACCGUUCCUUCUGGUGACAUGUUAAUGAUGUCUCCUUUUUGGAUCCAUAGAAAUCCAAAAUAUUUUCCAGAACCUGAAUUGUUCAAACCUGAACGUUGGGAAAAGGCAAAUUUAGAGAAGAAUGCUUUCUUGGACGGGUUUGUGGCAUUUGGAGGAGGGAAGUACCCAUGUCCAGGAAGGUGGUUUGCUCUACUGGAGAUAGAAAUCUGUGUUGCCUUAGUAUUUUAUAAGUAUCAAUUUAAUCUGCUAGAUCCUUUUCCAAAACAGAAUUUCAACCAGUUACUGGGUGUCCAGAGGCCAUCGACACCAUGCCGGGUGGAAUAUAAAUGUAGAAAGUAAAAACUAAUUUAUCUAAAAACUGGAUCAGUACCUAAGCAGCCAGAUUCCUGAGGUGUCCUAAAGCCUAUGUUGCUGUACUCACUAAGCUAAUGUACUACAUAUCAGGGUAUUUUAAUUAACUAUGUGUAACAAGGUGAAUUUUUUGUUUUUAUCAAUAAUUAAAUCUAAUUAAUUAUUCACCAAAUUAUUAUUAGUUGAAUUGUAUCUUAGCAAUGGACGAAGUCAAUAUAAAUGUAGUACUAGUUUGACAGAACUGGAAGUGUUUUAGUGAAAAUAUUAAAAAACAACUUCUAAAAGCAGCUUUUUUAUGUA